CGACGUUCAGUCCGACUGAGUUGUAUUUCUGGUGAAUCGAAAACGUUCCGUUGUGGACCCAGUAACCAAGAUGAACUACUUUCUUCUAACGUUCGCCUGCUUGUUUAUCGCGAGUGAGGUUGUCCUUGCAAGACCGGGUGACUUUCAUGUAGCAGUCAGGGAGACGUGCUUCGCCGAAACUGGCAUGGAAUAUGAGUCAGAAGACGCGGCCUAUUUUGCAAAUCCAAAGGUGAAGAGCUACCUGAGAUGUUUCUUCGAGGGCAAACACUUGUUCCGUGAAAACGGUGAUUUCGACACUGCCGGGUUCCUUGUGCUGAUCGACAACGACGACACGGUUCGCGCCGGGGCAAAACCAUUGGCGGAGAAAUGCGUGAAAGAGCACUCGAAAAUUGAGGAUAGACGCGAAAUGUCGUACGAAGUGAUGAAGUGCUUCUUCGAAGGAUAUCCAGCGAUCUUCCCGCAGAUGGGAAUAUUCGAGCCUCCUCAUGGUUGGUAAUAAACGACGCGAAGAGAACAGGAUUUACCGAAAGUUGGCGAGACGUGUGUUGGAGUUUGUCUGUUUUUUUUUUUUUGUCAAAGUUUUACUACCUAUUCUGAUGACAUGAUGUUCGUAUGAUAUUCACUGUUGUACCCUAAUUCUAUCCAAGUAAUAAAGCAUAUUUUAAACUCAAA